GAGCGGCGAGAGGGAGGGGGUGGGGCGUUCUCGGAGGCGGAGUAGAAGCUCUGGGUUCUGUCUUGAGCCUGUCGUCUCCUUCCAGCCAUCCAUCCAUCUACCUGUCCGGCCCGGCCCGUGACGGUGCCCUCCGCCUCGGUAGGGAAUCGGCAGCUCGUUGGUUAAGAAAGGGAACAGCUGGCUGGAAGGGCGGCGGGAAAUGGAAUUCGAGGACCUGAGCAGAUAUUCUUUUGAGCAAAUUCAAGCAUUUUACCAGUUUCCGUACUACCCAAUGAUGGCUGCAGCUCCCAGCAUGGAAUUUAUGAAUGAACAGCUAGCUCUACCGGAAAUUCCAGUCCCAACCUUCGACCCGGAGCCUGUUCAAGAAGAAAAGGGGAGAAAAAGAAGAACCAGAUCAUCGGAGCCAAAGCAGCCAGAGCCGAAAAAACGUGCUGGAUCCCCUAGAGCAGCCAAGUCAGCAAAAUCCAAGGGGAAACAAGAAAAAAUUACAGAUACUUUCAAAGUCAAAAGGAAAGUGGAUCGUUUUAAUGGGAUGUCAGAAGCUGAGCUUCUGACUAAGACCCUGCCUGAUAUUUUGACCUUCAACCUGGACAUUGUCAUUAUUGGCAUAAACCCAGGACUCAUGGCAGCUUACAAAGGGCAUCAUUACCCAGGACCUGGAAACCAUUUUUGGAAGUGUCUCUUUAUGUCUGGACUGAGUGAAGUCCAGUUAAAUCAUAUGGAUGACCAUACUUUACCAGGAAAGUAUGGUAUCGGCUUUACAAAUAUGGUUGAAAGGACCACCCCAGGCAGCAAGGAUCUUUCAAGUAAAGAGUUUCGAGAAGGAGGGCGCAUUUUGGUGCAGAAAUUACAGAAAUACCAACCUCGAAUCGCGGUUUUCAAUGGAAAAUGUAUUUAUGAAAUUUUUAGCAAAGAAGUUUUUGGAGUAAAAGUUAAGAAGCUGGAGUUUGGACUUCAGCCCCAUAAGGUCCCGGAUACAGAAACUCUCUGCUACGUCAUGCCAUCGUCCAGCGCGAGGUGUGCCCAGUUCCCACGGGCCCAAGAUAAAGUUCAUUAUUACAUCAAACUGAAGGAUUUGAGAGACCAGUUGAAAGGCAUCGUACCUAACUCGGACGUGCAGGAGGUGCAGUACACAUUCAACUUGCAGCUUGCCCAAGAGGAUGCAAAGAAGAUGGCUGUUAAGGAAGAAAAGUAUGAUCCGGGCUACGAGGCAGCGUAUGGAGGUGCUUACUGUGAAAAGGCGUGUGACGUUGAGACUCCGUGUCCCUUCUCCUCUUUGGACGUGACAGGAACAAAUAAUGCAGCCUUAAGUGUAGAGCCGACCUUUGGGGAUAUUGUGGGUGAUCAGUGGCUGACGCAGUCAUUCACAGACCAGCUUCUGCCUUCCUUCAGCCCCUUUGGGAGCUUCGAGCAGGAGGGCGGCUGUGUGUGAGGACGACCUUCGAAGCUCUUCUCGCAUCCUGCAGUUUUCAUGCAGCUGUCUAGAAGGCGCCUCAGUUCACCAGCUGAAGCAUUUUAAUAGAACCUUGCUCCUCUCAUCAUUUUCCGGUAGCCCAUUUGUGUGGUAGGAUUAACUUUAUGAGCUUGAUAGUUGGAAACAAAUGUAGAUCCUUUUGUAUGUGAGUUUUUAUAUUUAAUGUAUGCCAUUGUUUACAGUUUUUGACAAACUGUAGUCUCAUUUUUGAAGAAAUUAUUUCUUUUGAGAGUUGCUUGUAGUCUGUAUUUUGUUUUUUUGAACAGCCUGUAUAUUUAUACUUCUUUCUUAAAUCUGCUUGUGGCAAGAAAUUCCAGAGUCCUUCUUAUGCCUGAAAAGCACAUUCUGUGCAUGAUUGUCACGGGUACAGACACAGAUGUGUCGCAAUUCACAUGAGACUUCUCGCCUGAUGUCCAUGGAGCGUGUGCUUUGGGACUUGGGGAUUUUCCAGUUGUGCCGAUGAGGGAAUCCGAAAUCAUUUCUUUCCCCACGGUGGGCCCCUUCCCCACGUAGCCAGCGGUUGGCAAUUCUUGGCGAGGCAGCCGCCUUCCGUCCUCAGCAGGCCAGCAGCUGGCCACCCCCCAGGAGCAGGCAUGCACACAAGUCAGCUCUGGGGAAUGCGGGCAGGCUGUGGAAAAUUGUGUUUUCAAUGGUUCAUUUGUCACUUGGCAGAUUUUUACUGUGAGGAAGAGCAGAGGUAUGUAGUUGGGAGGCAAUGACCUUUCUGUCUGGGUGCCUGCCUCUGCUCUCCAUGUGGUGAGUGAUGGAGCAAAGUCUUGCUCAAAACAUUGUUUGGAGGAGGUUCAUAUAGGUGCUUUUCAUACUUGAAACAUGCGUAAAAUGUGGUGUCUAAUAGAAUAUGAUUUCCCUGCUGGUCCUAUCUGAUAAGCCAGUUGUUUUCAUCCCCUUUCUCCACCAUAACUCAUCUCUUUGGCAAGAAUGUCCAUUGGUUAGGGUCCAUGAAAAGGUCUUUUGAUUCUGUAUCUUGUGAUUUUCUAGCAUGUACAGUCUCCAUGGUGCUACAGAUGACCCAUAAUCACUUCAUCUUGUGGGUGUUACACCCAUUCACCAUGCCACUUUUAUUAAAUUCUGACCUGGUCAGAAUGCUAAAAUCAUGGCAAGUCAGAGCUGGAAGGGACCUCGAGAGGUCUGCUAGUUCAGCUCCCUAAUUUUGUUAGUGGGGAAACCGAGACCCAGUGAGGGUUGAGUGUUUAACGGCAAAAGUGGGACAAGAACCCAGAUGUCCUGACCCCCCAGUCCAGUGCUCUUACAGUCAGCUAGUAUGUGGCUUUUUAAAUAUGAAAUAUUUAUGAUGGUUUCUAGUUGUUGUUUUCAGGGCGUCAUGUGGCUUAAACCUCUCUUUGUAAUAGCUGUUUAAAAAUCUAUCUUGUGAAUCCAAUCCUGCUUUUUGUUUUCUUUUUGCUGUGGGCUGUGGUGGAAACUUUCUCCUUUUUUCCCUUAAGUUUAGGUCAAACUGUGUGAAAAAUCUUUGUUGUUUGUUAUUUUAAAUGAUGUACUGUAUUACCGUUUACAUGAACAUUCUCCUGCAGGUGCUCACAAGUGCCUUGCAUCAGGGAUUAGUAGGAAUCAAUUAUAUUUUCACAAGAACUAUGUAAAGCAUGUGACUAGGUAUUGCUAUAGUAUGUAACUAUUGUAGCUUUACAAUAGCCUUGUUUUUAAUUUAAAGGGGAGGGAAAUACAGUCUAUGGAUUUGUCAGACAUCUGCUGUAGAAGUGAGUAUUGGAAAUAUUUAAUCAAUGUGAUACAGCAUUUUCAUGAAAAACAGGAAAUCUGUCUGGCUGUUAAAUUGUCUUACUUAAGAUGGUCUGGAGCUUUUUCAUUAAAUGGCAAUGGAAAAGAUUUUAAAUUCUUUCGAAAGUAUGCCAGUUUUGACAAUAAAAAUAGAGGAAUUCUGUCUC